AUGAAGGACGCAGUCCUACCAGGCAGGAUUCGGCGGCAGCGUUCGUCUUCGCUUCCAUGUGACUCCAAUUCCAUCAAUCCCUUUAGGACUGAGGAGCGUGUGCAACAGCUAGAACAUAAACGUAGAGUUGUCAACGUGAAUACGGUGCUCCGUGAACUCCCUGAGUUCCAGGCUUUGAAGGUCCUCCUUCUGAGCUCCCUCCUUCAGCAUAUCGAGAGAAAGGGAUGGAGUGAAAUCAACGGGACUUGUGAGACGGAUAUACGAAUCUACAGCCCUGUACUCAAGAUAUAUCCACACGUUGUGAUUGUGGCCUCCGAGAAUACGGUAAACAUUAGCCUUCUUCGAAAAUGUGGCGACUCUCCUGUCUACUCUCCAUCACCCAAGCUGCUCAUUCUGUCGGAGAUACGUCCAUUUCACUUGGUCGUGGUGGUUGAUGGCGAGCAAUCAGACAGCCACCGGAAGGUAGAGUAUUUAGGGAUUUAUUCCGCACACAAUCCCGACAAGUCCCUCAGUGUCUUGUGUUGGUAUCGGUUCCUGUCGAAAUCUGAACAGUCCAAUAUGGGUAAGCUCUCGAUGGCUCUCGAAAAGACGAACCAAGAAGACGAACCAAGCCAAGACCCUGAGUCAGACAAGCAACAGGCUCUGGAGACGUAUCUUCCAUUACACAUGCUCUACCUGGAGAACAUCGGCUUAGGCUUGGAGCCGGCUUUUUGGCUUGCGAUUCAAGAUGAAGACUCCGAAUAUGAGAUUGUUCAGAACGAGGAAGCACCUGGUGAUUUGUGA